AUGGCCAUUGGACAAUUCUCAUAUACUUAUACUGAGGAUUAUAUAGAAAUGGAUAUAAGUUCCUCUUCCAAUUUCUGUUAUUCUUUGAACUCUCCGCCUCAAGCAAGAGAGUUUGAGUUUCAAAUGAAUGCGGUCUCUCUUGAUAGAGAAACCACCAUUUCCCCCGCUGAUGAGCUUUUCUACAAGGGAAAGCUUCUUCCCCUUCAUCUCCCACCUCGCAUUCAAAUGGUUCAAAAGCUCAUCCAAAACUCCAAUGCUCACCACGAAACUGAACCUCACUUUGGAGAAAACUUCCAAAUCUCCUUCAUCUCUAGCUCUUCUGCUUCCUCGGCUAAUGCAAGUAUUUACACCCCUCGUAAGUCCUUUAAUUUUUCGCCUGCCGAAUCUUGCAGGUUCAGUUUUGAGCUAAAACCUGUUGAGCAUUGGAUAAAUACUGAAAUGGGAGGCCACCAAAAGCUGAGACAGCAUAAGCACUCCUCUUUAUUUCAGAAACUUAAGGCCUCGCGAGCAUAUAUCUGGUCCCUUUUCAAUAAGUCUGCCUGUACAGAUGAAUCUUGUGCAAAACUAGCAGAAAAUAGGCCAAAAAGAAAAGAAUUAAGCUUUAAAAAAGACCAUUUUACAGCUACAUUAGUUGACAAAAACAAAGUUAGCAACCAGAGGAGAGCCCCAUUCUCUGCAAUUAAACCUUCUUGUCCUUCUUCACUAUCUUCUUCUGGUUCUUCUUCUUCAUCUUCCUCAUUUUCUUUGAGUUCAUCGAGUGGUAUGUUUGAUCCACAAAUACUCAAGAGAUGCAACAGUUCAAGUUCGGAGAUGGCGCGUUCCAUCGAAGGAGCUAUAGCUCACUGUAAGCAUUCUCAUUGUCUAUAA